GCUUGAGCAGCUUUCAGCAGCCCCAGCGGGAGAUGGAAGAUGCAAGAGGUCAUUGCCGGGCUGGAGCGGUUCACCUUCACCUUCGAGAAGGAUGUAGAGAUGCAAAAGGGAACUGGACUCCUGCCUUUCCAGGGCAUGGACAAGUCGAACUCAGCUGUGUGCAGCUUCUUCGCUAAAGGGCUCUGUGAGAAAGGGAGGCUCUGCCCGUUCCGGCAUGACCAAGGGGAUAAGACGGUGGUGUGUAAGCACUGGCUCCGGGGGCUGUGCAAGAAGGGCGACCAGUGCAAGUUCCUGCACCAGUACGACGUUACCAGGAUGCCCGAGUGCUACUUCUACUCCAAGUUCGGUGAUUGCAACAACAAGGAAUGUCCCUUUCUUCACGUGAAGCCAGCUUUCAAGACCCGGGACUGUCCUUGGUACGACCAAGGUUUCUGCAAGGAUGGGUCUCGAUGUAAAUACCGCCAUGUCCGCAGAACAAUGUGUAUUAACUACUUAGCUGGCUUCUGUCCCAAGGGACCCAAGUGCCAAUUUGCACAUCCCAAGAUGAAUCUUUUAUUCAACCCAAGUUAUAUGAAGCUCAUCAACUGGCCCCGGGGUUCAGCACCUCCUGCUGCUGCCUGGGAACCUUGCAAGCCCCCUCCUCUGACGGAGCGCCUGCUUCUCCACCUGCAGAUGAGGCCCCACGAGCACCGGGUCUCCUGCUGCCUGGGCUCACGGCGCUAG